ACCUUCAAUUGCGUCCAUCCCUUGUAGUUGUCCCAAUUCCUCUUUGCUCUUAUCUUUCUAGCAAUCUCUUUGUUUUGAGAAAUAGACAUGGACAUCAAACCUUUCCUACAUAAACACUACUUGUUGUUUGAUCAUUACAACAAUCAAGACGCAAGUUGUGAUAAAUGCAAUCAGAAAAUUGAUCGGUGGGCUUAUAAUUGUGAAACCUGCAACUUCUGGCUGCACUCAGCUUGUGCUGAACAGCAACUGCCUCCUCAGAUUUCACACUCUUUCCAUUCCCAACACCCCCUUACCCUGUACUUCGAUGUCAUCGAUUUCAUCUGUGACAAAUGUUUCACUCUCUCUCGAGGCCACAGAUAUCAUUGCAAUGAUUGCAAUUUGGAAAUUGAUGUCUCAUGCGCUGCUCACAGUACUCAUGAUGAGACAGUACUGGGGAAAAAGGAAAGCAGAAGAUCUGAUAGCAGAUACCGAAAAAUCGAUCAUUUCGUCCACAGAGAUCGCUUGACGGGUAUAUUCAAUUACAGAAAAGUUGGAAAGAAACACCGCAGUUGUGGUUGGUGUGAGAAGCAUCUAUCAGGAAUGUGUUAUGGCUGUUUUGAAUGUUUCGAAAAGUUCUACAUUCAUGAAACAUGCUUGAGCAACAUACCCACCAAAAUCUUGGGACAUCCCUUUCAUACAUCACACCCUCUUUACAUACAGCCAGCUAUGAAGUUCAACAACUCCAAGCCUUGUUGCAAUGCCUGUAAAGACGAAAUCGUGGGUGAAGCCUAUCGUUGUCAAAAGUGUCAAUUCAGCCUUCAUGUUCUUUGCUCUAGACUCCAACCCAGCCUAAAACAUGAGAUCCAUGACCACGGUCUCAGUUACUUUGAAAUAAAACAUCCCAAUGUUACAUACCAAUGUAACAUGUGUGAUAAGAAUAUCGGUGCCAAAUACAUCCAAAACAGGUUUUAUCGUUGCGUGCAAUGUGAUUUUAAUUUUCAUUUAAAAUGUCUUGAAAUUCUUCCUUCUGUCAUACAUAAAUAUCAUAGGCAUACUCUUAUACUCGUCAACCGAUUUAGAGAAGAUGAUUCUGGAGAAUAUUUUUGUGAUAUCUGCGAGGAAGAAAGAAAACCGAAACAUCCCAUAUAUUGCUGUAAAAAUUGCACAUAUAUUGCUCAUAUUCAAUGUGCACUUAAUAAGGUGGAUAGCAAAGUUUUGAAGCCAGAACUGAUUCAACAAGAGGAAGCAGAGAAGGGCAAUGAAGAAUCUCAAAAACAUGAUCUUGAGAGGCAGAUUGAACAUUUUACUCAUCAACAUUCCCUAAACUACUAUGAGGUAAUUGAAAAGAAGGAAGAUCUUCUCUGUAAGGCUUGCAAUUUGGAAAUUAAUGGGGAAGGCUAUGGCUGUGAAAGUUGCGAAUACUACUUGCACAAAACAUGCGCCAAAUUGUCCUAUGAAGUGCUACACCCUCUUCACACCCAACAUCCUCUCAAGCUCUUUGCUGGUAGUGAGCCAUUCCUAUGUGAGGAAUGUAGAGACUUCUCGGUUGGGUUUAUGUACGUAUGCUACCUGUGUAGUUUCAUUGUUGAUGUGAAAUGUGCUACCAUAAAAACGCAUGAUAACGAGAGUCAAAGGCGAAAAGAGAUGGGCAGAGAAUCAAAGUUGUGCCUUUUCAGCCAAGAUCAUGAGCUCUACUUCCUCAAUUUCAGUCUCAAACCCCAAAAAGAUUUUAAGUGCAGCAUUUGCUUCCUACUACUCUCGGGUCCAAUCCAGUAUUGCAUUCGUUGUCAUUAUUUUCUUCAUGAAUCUUGUCUUGGAUUUCCAAGGGAGAUCCAACUCUCGUUAAUUCAUCCAGAGCAUCCCCUGCACCCCAUUGUCAAUAAAAGCCGUUACGCAGGCUGUCUUGCCUGCCGUGUCUCGUUUGAUAAGUAUGACAUCGUCUAUAACUGUGAGGAGUGUGAAUUCUACCUCCAUCUUUCAUGUGCCAAUUCCCUAAGGCGAGCCUUAGAAUCCAAGCUUCACAAGCAUCCUCUUUUCUAUUUUGGAACAGAAUGCCAGGAACUCUUCAUGGGAGAUCACGGGCAUCCUCUUACCAUAUGUAAUGGAUGCAAGUACUCUCUUGGUGGUGUGCCUUUCUAUCGCUGCAUAUUGUGCUGUCUCAAUUUCCAUCUAGCAUGUGUCUUAAUCCCGCAUUUCAUCAAAUCUAAAUGUCACAUCCACCCCCUCACCCUUCGAGAUUGUUUUGUAGAAGAUGAUUCAGGAGAGUAUUAUUGUGAUAUUUGCGAAGAAGAAAGACUUCCAAAAGAUCACAUUUAUUUUUGUGAAGAAUGUGGAGGAUUAUUUGUUGCUCACAUUGAAUGCGUGCUUAACUAUAUGGAGGAAGAAAUGGCAGCAGCAGAAAAGUCAUCCUCAAAUCUGAUACUAGACUUUGAGAACACCUCAAGGCAGGCUGAGAACGAAGUGUCCACAGAUGAUUCAAAGGAAGAAGAGCAAAGCAACAGUGAAAAUUCAGCAAUGGAGGCAUCAACAGAAGAGCAGCAGAGUGACUAA